AUGGAGGACAGGUCUGAGUCGCGAGCUUCCGGAACGACAUUUCACAGCUUUGCCGAUACAGAGCUCUUUGAGCCCGUGUCACCCCCUCGACCUCCUGUUACCCACGACACAACCAGCCUUCAGCACCUCGAGCAUCUUCAACAUGAGCUACAGCGUCAGCAGCGUGAGGCUUCCAGCAAGGACUGGGUGAGGGAGCGUCGACCCGCGGCGGCAAAGAUGCAGCGACAGGACUCAGGCUAUGAGUCUAAUACGCCCCCGCGCCGUACCUCUACCUCGAAUACUUCUCAUGGCGGGUCUACUUUCAGCAACUCUCACCACCUCCUAGUUGGUCGUCGGUCCUCUAAUGGCUCUUCAAAGGACAGCAGUGGAAGCAGCAAUGGAUCGGGUGUUAGGACUCGCUUCCGUGAUCGGCGUCCGUCACUACGUCGAGCAGCAAAGACUCAACCCGUGCAGCCCACGCGCACGAGCAACAACUCCCUCAACCUCGCGCGCACCAACACCGCUACUCAACCCCAGACACAGCCCAAGAAGUCCGCCGCCUUCUUCCACUUCCCAACUCCCGACCCAAUCCACCUCGCCGACAGCGUGCCCGACCGCCGCGUCCAGCCAACGCCCAUCCCGUCUCCGCCGCCGCAGACGACGCACUACUGGACGAGCGACCGCACCCGCCGUCUCGAGUACGCUGCCAUCGACGCUGCCACGCGCGGCGUGAAGGGCUGGGUCCGGAGACAUCUUGUUCCAGACUGCUUUGUCUCGCACGACCACCGUCAUGUCCCCUUUGACGACGACUCUGGGAGUGUACGUCGCUACAGGCUCGAGCUCGAGGAUGACCACCACCCCGAGAAGACAAUGGCGGGCGCGAACAAGUCAGGGCGCCGACGCAAGGGAUGGCGUUUCUGGCGGCGCCAGAAGGCCGAGGCUCAACCCACGGCCUACAUCUAA